AUGAUGUCCUCUCAGAUUAAACGGGACUUUGAUGAAGUGACUGAGGCUAUAGACUUUUUCCAAACGCUCUGUAAUCUCCCUGGAUGGUCAGACCCUGAGACCUCUGUGAAUCUUUGCAAGUCUGUGGCAAUGAGAAUAUAUAGCGUCGACGAAGCCAACGUUGGUUGGUUGAAAGGGACCCGCGAUGAGUAUAAAUCUAAAGUACUCGAGGAACAGAAAAAAGGAUAUGUUGACGAUGUCCUCAAAGCUCUUCAAGGGCCAGCGCCGUCCUUCGCCACAGAUGUCAUCUCGCUAGAACCAGAGCAACUCACGGCGCUGAGGUCUUUCCUAGACACUGAGGCAAAGAUCCGUGCUCUCUACAAGCUGUUUUCUGAUUCCGAAUGGUCAAAAGACCCAGAAGGGCUGGCAAAAGAGAAGGAAGUUUUAUCCUCGAUUUUAAAUGAUGCCUCGGUCCAACGACUUCUGUUUGAAGCAAUCAUGAAGACCUUUCUUACCAAAAGCAAGGUGGUUGAAGUUAUCGCUUCAAUUCGAAACGAGGUAUUCAGCAGUUGGAAGGCUGCCGCUAAUGAGGAGGAGUUCUAUGACAGGUAUAGCGGAGCUGUGAGACACUACGACAAAAAUAUUAAGGAGGAGAAUGAGGAAUCAGCCGCAGAUGCUUAUAAAAAUUACGAUGUGCGCGAGUGGUCGUCAAGUCCUUAUUUCAGCAGAUACUAUGACGCUGGAUACUUCUAA